UUCUCGGGCCACAUCAUGUCUCGUUUUUUCGCCACGGCCUCGUCGGACGAGUCUUCGUCCUCGAGCGCUUCCGAUUCCGAGGAUGAGAUGCCGCCAACCCAACGCAAACCCAAUAAACCCACGCCGGCCGCCUUCAUCUUCAGCGACGAUGAAGAGGACACGAAACGCGUGGUUCGUUCGGCCAAGGAGAAGCGCUACGAACAACUGUCUUCGCUCAUGAAGAACAUCCGAAACUCGAAGAAGAUCAAGGAUUUUAACAAGAUGGAGACCAGUUUCGUCGAGUUGACCCGCGCCUACGAUAAAGCCCGCCCCGUGAUUGCCAAGGAAGAGAAUGGCGUCACGCCCCGGUUUUACUUGCGCAUCCUGGUCGAAAUGGAGGACCUCAUUAACGAAACGUGGGAAGAUCGCGAAGGUCGCAAGAAUAUGAGCAAAAACAACUCCAAAUCGUUGGGCGCCUUGCGACAAAAGCUACGCAAAUACAUCCGGGAAGAAUUUGAGACCGAUGUGGCCAAGUUCCGCGCCAAUCCCGAUGCCGACGACGAUGAGGACGAAGACAAGGCCGAUGCCUCCGAAUCCAGCGGUGACGAAGAUGAGGACAACUUCCGAAAAUCCACGUCCAAGUCGCGCGAAGGCUCACACGCCCCCGAAAAGCCGACCAAGGUUAAGAAGCAGGCCACUGGUGACGAUGAUGACGACAGUGACGAUUCGUACUGGGACUCCGACGGUGAAAGCGAAUCGGAUUCCUCCGAUGACGAGCCCGGCAUGAGUUUGCGCGAAAAAUUCUUGAAGAAAACCACCGAUGGCGAGGGCAAGAAGGACAAGAAAGAGCGAAAGGACCGCAAGAAAAAGGAAAAACUCAAGAUUAUCGAGUCCGAUGAAGACGACGAUAAGGAAUGGACCACGGUCACCGGACCGGGAGGCGCCGAGAAGCCCAAAAUGUUUGAGAAAGAUGAUGAAAUCAACCACGAGCUCGUGCUGAAGAAGUUGAUCGAGAUUAUGUCGGCUCGUGGCAAGAAGCGGACCAAUCGCAAAGAACAAAUUGAGUUGCUCUCCGAGCUCUUAUCUAUUUCGGAAGAAAAUCAAUUAGGCUCGGGUAUCUACACCAAGAUCCAUUUUGGCAUCAUCGCCGCCAUCUUUGAUUACAACCCCAAAGUGUCGUCGGCCAUGAAACCCGAGUAUUGGGAAAAGUGUAUGCCGGCUAUUGAGAAACUCUUGGCUAUGGUGGAGGAAAACAUGGAAGAGCUCGCUACGGGCGACAACAUCACCGAGGAUCAAGAGAGCUUCGAAACUAAACCAUACAAAGUUCGAGGUUGUUUUUUGACGUGUGUUGAGCGAAUGGACGAAGAGUUCAUCAAGGUGUUAAAAGGCUGCGACGCUCAUAGCAAUGAGUAUGUGGAUCGGCUGAAGGACGAGCCUCGAGUUGUUAGCAUUCUGCAGAAGACUCAAAGCUUGAUUGAGGCCAAACAAGGCUCUCCGAGCGAUCUUUGUCGGAUCUAUUUGAAGAGAGCCGAACACAUUUAUUUCAAGUUCGAUCCUAGAGUCAUCCAACAACGAAAGGGAGAAAGUGACGACAAAGAGGAGACCUCUUUGGCCAGCAUGGAUCGUUUGUGCAAGUUUAUCUAUUCCAAGGAUGCCACGGAUCGUCUUCGAACGAGAGCUAUCCUCUGCCACAUCUACCACCACGCCAUUCACGACAAUUGGUACGAGGCUCGAGAUCUGAUGCUGAUGAGCCAUCUUCAAGACAGCAUCACUCACGCCGAUCCAGCCACCCAGAUCAUGUACAAUCGAGCCAUGGUCCAGUUGGGUCUGUGUGGGUUCAGACAUGCAGAGAUCUGGGACGCCCACAAUGCCUUGUUAGACAUCCAACAAGGUGGUCGAUCCAAGGAGCUCCUAGCUCAAGGAUUACUUCCCCAGCGUCAUCAUGAGCGAUCCAACGAGCAAGAAAAAUUGGAAAAGCAACGCCAGAUGCCGUUUCACAUGCACAUCAACUUAGAAAUGUUGGAAUGCGUGUAUUUGGUUUCCGCUAUGCUGAUUGAAAUCCCGUACAUGGCGGCUCAUGAAUUCAACACCCGACGAAGAAUGAUCUCCAAGUCAUACUACCAACAACUGAGAUCAAGCGAACGGCAAGCUUUGAUUGGACCUCCCGAGUCCAUGAGAGAGCACGUCGUGGCCGCGUCCAAAGCCAUGAGGAAUGGCGAUUGGAAGAAAUGUAGAGACCUGGUCAUCAAUGACAAAAUGAAUGCCAAGGUGUGGGAUCUCUUCUAUGAAGCCGAUAAAGUCCGCACAAUGUUAGCAAGAAAGGUGCAAGAGGAAGCCCUGAGGACUUACCUCUUUACUUAUUCAAAGGUUUACGACUCCAUUUCAGUGGACUCUUUGGCUCAAAUGUACGAGUUGAACAAAACGGUUGUCCAUGCCAUUGUGUCCAAGAUGAUCAUCAACGAGGAGCUCAUGGCCAGUUUGGAUGAACCCACGGAAUGUCUUGUCAUGCACCGGACCGAACCCACUCGUCUACAGUCGCUUUCCUUGCAACUAUCCGACAAGAUUGCCGUUCUCGUGGACAACAAUGAACGCCUGGAUCUUCGUCAAGGUGGAUGGCAAGGUGGCAAUUGGCGUGGCAAAGACGAUAGGGGUGGUCGAGACGGAGGUGGCAUGUUUGGCCGAUCAGAUGGAGGUCGAGGUCGAGGACGUGGUGGUGGUGGCAAGUAUGAUGGAGACCGACGUGGGGUCAAGUUUUCCGAUAAGAAUUACGAUAACCAUCGUUCCCACGACAACCAUCGUUCUCAUGAUAAUCAUCGCUCUCACCACGACCGACAAAGUGGUCGUCCAUGGAAAUCGCGGGAUCGCGAGUAGUUGCUCGAAGAUCGACCUUCCCAAUGAAAACUUGUACCAUUCGUGCAAGCACUAUUGCCCAUAUGUGUGGACCAGAGCCAUGUGAAUCUGAAUAUUCAACCUCACCGGACUGCAUAACCACUAAGUCGUCAGGCACCUUCAUUCAUUAUCAUCUUUACCAACAUCAAAAGCCCAGCUUAUGUUCCUCUAUGAAACAAUUCCAUGUGGUUCACAACAAGAAAAUGACUUUUGAUAGGUUUGUUAAGCGCAAGAGGUGGAAAAUGGUACAUAAUUUGGUCGCUCGGAUGAUAAUGCGUGAUUAAAGGUCGCGAUCUCGAUCGUUUUUUAUCGGUGGCUUGCCAGACACCUAGUUUUCAAACUAUUCUUAUUCAUUGAAGCUACUGAAAAAAUACAUUGGCAAUGAUCCUGCUUCA